AUGGAACAGAACUCCAUCAUAAAUUACAGAAAAAGCCGACAAGAAAUCACAAUAGAAAUCAAACAUCUGUAUAAUUCAGAAAUCAAACAUCUGUAUAAUCCAGAAAUCAAACAUCUGUAUAAUUCAGAAAUCAAACAUCUGUAUAAUUCAGAAAUCAAACAUCUGUAUAAUUCAGAAAUCAAACAUCUGUAUAAUCCAGAAAUCAAUCAUCUGUAUAAUCCAGAAAUCAAACAUUUGUAUAAUUCAGAAAUCAAAUAUCUGUAUAAUUCAGAAAUCAAACAUCUGUAUAAUCCAGAAAUCAAUCAUCUGUAUAAUCCAGAAAUCAAAUAUCUCUAUAAUCCAGAAAUCAAACAUCUGUAUAAUUCAGAAAUCAAAUAUCUGUAUAAUCCAGAAAUCAAUUAUCUGUAUAAUCCAGAAAUCAAACAUCUGUAUCAUCCAGAAAUCAAACAUCUGUAUAAUUCAGAAAUCAAACAUCUGUAUAAUCCAGAAAUCAAACAUCUGUAUCAUCCAGAAAUCAAACAUCUGUAUAAUUCAGAAAUCAAACAUCUGUAUAAUCCAGAAAUCAAUUAUCUGUAUAAUCCAGAAAUCAAACAUCUGUAUCAUCCAGAAAUCAAACAUCUGUAUAAUCCAGAAAUCAAACAUCUGUAUAAUCCAGAAAUUAAACAUCUGUAUCAUCCAGAAAUCAAACAUCUGUAUAAUCCAGAAAUCAAACAUCUGUAUAAUCCAGAAAUCAAACAUCUGUAUAAUCCAGAAAUCAAACAUCUGUAUCAUCCAGAAAUCAAAACUCAUUCAUGA